UUAAAUAGUUUACCUGGUGCCGGGUUGAAGUUAUAAAUAAAACAACCAGUUUUAAGAAGAUGAAAAGUAAGGAAAGGAGAGAGAAAGUAGAAGAGUUAGACAGUAAAAGUUAAAAACAAUUAAAUAAUACCUAGUUUAAAUACAAAUGUUCCACAGAAUGGUUAAUGGAAAUGGAAAGACAAAAUGGCAGGAGAAAAGGAAAGAAUAUAUAGACUCCUGUACGUUACAUGGUUUUUCCAAAGCAUGCAGCGCCCGUGGUUUGGAGAAGAUGUUAUGGUUCAGUCUUUUAGUAGGAUCAAGUGUUUUAAUUUGUUUAGCAACGAAGAAUGUCAUUGAGAAAUAUCAGAGUAGAGAGUUUUUCACAGAGACGCGUUCCAUAUAUCCACAAGGACUAGAUCUCCCAAGUUUGACACUCUGCAAUGAUUAUCGCUUGCUUCCGAAACAAAAACAAAAUAUAAAAUCUUUUUCCGAGGAAUUUUAUCGGUUCGCUCAGUUUUAUCCAGAUUUUUGUACAGUUGGACACCAGCGCUGCACAAUCAAGGAAUUCAAACCAUUUGGUAAAAACAAAGCAUGCUUCACAUUUACACCUACAGAAGAACAACGACAAAUGUACCCAGGGUUAUUUUACGGACUGCAACUAUUCUUGUUUAUAAACAAAACAAAGGAAACAGUGUACGGCAUAUUGGAUGAAGAUGUGAGAAUAUCGAUUCACGAAAAGAAUGAAAUACCACAAAUCUUUUUCAAUUACAUACCUCUAACUUCUGGCACAGCAAAUAAAAUUACAAUCCGCAAAACCCUACAAAAGCGUCUCCCUUCGCCAUACCCUUCAAAUUGUAUUAGAGGGCAUAAACAUACUUCAUCUAUAUUUCCAGGUCAUUACACUCGAUAUUCUUGUAUAUCCUCCUGCUUUUUGACAACAUCGUACGAAAAGUGUGGUGGGAUAUUAUCAAAUGUUUACGAAUCAUACGUACCUGAUUACAUAAAAAACAAAUCUAAAUCAAAUACUACAGACAAUGAAAUGGAACGUUGUCUCUGGAAAGUAGUCAAAGCAUACGGUGGUGAAAAUGCUCCUCCCAUUUGCGAAUGUCAAGUUCCUUGCGAAGAAAUCGAUUAUAAUGAGAAAACUCAAACUACGCCUUUGUCCAUCAAUGGGAUUCGGUCAAGUUUAAAAAGCGAAUUCUUAAAUGAUCUCACGGAUGAAGAAAUUUUAAAUUCGUUUUACAAAAUUAACGUAUUCUACCAGAAGUUUCAAUAUCAGAUUAUAGCUGAGAAGCCAGCGUAUAGUUUAACUCAAGCAAUGGGUGAUUUUGGUGGACAAGUUGGUUUGAUUUUUGGUGCAUCAAUCCUCACAUUGAUUGAAUUAUUUGUAAUUAUAUUUCUUAGAUUUAAGUAACUCAGUUCGUAGCCUCUCAAGAAAUCCUGGACGUAGAUUAGUGGAAAGGAACAAUUGAGAAAGCCUUUUCUGUGUAAAACGCACUUCUUGUUCAAGCUCACUUUUCAACGUUGACAAGGUAAUAGCGGACGUAAAAGACAUAGGACAUCUUUUUUAUCCAAAACAAAGUUUUUUUCGAUGAGAUCUUAAAUUGGUGCUAAUUUUUGGUCAGGUCAGCACAGCCCAAUAUCCCGAUUUUUUUGUCCUUUUUGGGCGCGCAAAUUGUGCCAUGAUUCAGAAAUUGUAAAAAUAGCAGCUAGGGUACCUUCGCAUUUCGCACCUUGUUUACUUACCUACACCGAUUUCAAAGUGAAACUUAGUACUGGUGAAGGGACUGGCCAAACAAUGCUGUUUAGAAAAAUAACCAAAAAUGGUCAAUUACGCAAAUAUUAUGUCCAGAAUUGUAGCUUUACCUGAUAAGCAAAAUCUGAGGAAAAGUAGGGGAAGGUAGGGUUUCCUUAAUUUUGCCGAAAAAGAUUUUAAAUGUAAUGAAUAAAGCUCUUCGCUUUCUGGAUAAAAGUUAUCACUAGUUAUAUUAAUUCUCAGUUAAUCAUAUCGUAGGGGCUGAGACAAGAUUAGUAAAUUCUUAAAAUAAAACUUUUCGCCAACAAUAGGUAAAAACAAGAAGCCCAGGGGCUUGAAGAGUUUCCGUCCUUAGCCUGGAAGAUUUUAAAAUAUGAAAUAGACCUUGAAAACGGAGAAUUAUGGGGUAAACAAAUCAUGGGGUAUUAUCAAUUAUUAUUGUAACUAACCUGCAAUGUUAAAAUACGACUCAAUAAAUAAAUAAUAAAAAAUAAACAUAGCUAUAAACAACAGUUUAACUUUUACUGGAUAUUUUUAAAACGGAACAUGCUGAAAAUUUCAGAAUACUAAUCUUGUUAUGUAUAAACUUGACGAUUUCAAUAUAUCAACUUCCGAACAAGUUCAAUUUGAAUGAUGAAGUAGUUGAUUGUUAAUUAAAUCAGCAACAAAUACGUAUUAGCUUCAAAAUUUACUCUCUUGCUGAAAAUCUUUUAAAUAUGCUGAUGGUGCAUGGUUUGAUAACAGCUGAUCUGAAAAAAAGGACGUUUAAGAAACAAGAAUACAAUUUUACCAUAAACUGCAUUAAUACCAGGUUGUCGUCUUUUUAAAAACCUCUCUUUGCUUCUUUGAUUUAAAAAGGGAAUUGAUUAAAAGGAUACAAAUCAAUACCAUGUGAUGCUUAACGGAUACUGACCGGUUUUGAUGUUGUACUGUAAAAUACAAAGCCCGAGGUCAAAAGUACAGACCAAACUUGCGAGGUCUGUGCCCUUGACCUCGGCAUUGUAUUUUACAUUAAAACAUUAAAACCGGUAAGUAUCCGUUUUAUUAACUGGUUGUAUCUGGUUUGCAAAUAAAUAUUUCUUUGUGAACAAAACAACCAAAGCUAUAUUCAAGUUGCUAUUCCCAAGACACCAGGGAAGUAAAAACGCAUGUUCGAUUUUGAUACUUUUCGAAUUCAAUAUCGUUCGAUUUCAAAAAUUGUGUAAGUACAUAAAACAAAUUCGAAUCAUUAUUUAUGUGAAUUAAAACGAAAAUAUGGUUUUAAGUGAGCCACUUUUAUAAUUUUUGUGCGCUAUGAAAAUGUUUUUUAUUUGUUUACGUUUUUAUGUUACCAUUUUAGGGUCCAUUUUUUUCAACAAAAUAUCUGGCUUCAAGCACCACAAAUCCCACCAUUUUUCAGAAAUUUUAAAUUUUUUUUGGUCUUUUGUAUUACUUGUAUCUAAAUCUAUUUGCCUUCCUCCGGAAGCAAAGCAAACGUAGUAGGAAGGUACUCAUAGCUAAACUAACCUGAACCUCCAGUGUAAAAGUUCAUGCUCCGACUACCAACUUUGUACCAUAUUUAAAAUAUCUAUUGUAUAAUUUAUGCUUGUUGCGUAGUAACAUAAUUAGUAUGUAAUAUAUACAUCAUCAAUUUCGUACAAUACCAACGAAAGCGAAAGUUUUUUCGUGCGUAAAUCGGCCAUGUUUGUUUACAAACUAAUGUAUUCGGAUAAUUUAUGCAAAUAAUAACGAAAUAGUUAUUUUAUUUUCGAAAAAACAUUUUCAAAAUGGCGAACUAAUGUGGCGGUGUUUGUGGCCAGAUAUCAAUUGUUUUUUUCAGCCCUGAUAAGUGUCGUUGGUACAUGUGGUAUUUGUAACUGUUUCCUAAGUUGAAAAAAAUGGACCCUAAAUGGCUUCCAAAACCGGUUAGUACUGCUUCAUACAAAGACCUGUUAAAAUAAGCCGUAAAUCGAUUAAACCAUCGGAUUUUUUCAUACUAACCGGCUGUUUGUAUCAGUCAGGUAAUAAGCACGGUAUAUUAUAUAUAUAAAUAUAUGCAUAUACAAAGUUAAUCAAUCUGACUU